UCAAACACGCUGUUCUAGCCCGCAAUAACAAAAAAAAUCGUAUCGCUACCAAAACUUUGUUCCUCGUUCGGUGUCGUUGUACAAAACUGUUUGGCUAUCCCCAAACACUUUACACCUUUAUCUGAGUUUAUAUUAUCUUAGUUUCUAUUUCGCUGUUUGUUAACUAGUGGUUAAGGAUUUUGGUUUGUUGCUAGUGAUUGUUCUUUAUUUACACCGCACGCCCAUUCUUAGCAGUAAGGAUCGGUGUACAACGCAGCUUUACGAAAACAAAGCGCAAAUAGCAGCAAUACAGUCUCCUAGUGGAAUAAAAGCGCCGGCACGAGAGAUAACACAACAAGAAGAUGCUCCGUAUCUUCCGCAAUGCCAUACUGGACAAACGCAUCACCCGCAAGACGUUCUCCUUCUCGGCCAUCGCGGCCAAGCGCUACGUCAUAAAAGAUCACUACGAGUUCGAUCAGAAGGUAAUAAACAGUGACAACCCGGUGAUUGUAAACUUUCACGCGGAAUGGUGCGAUCCGUGCAAAAUACUUACCCCGAAGAUGACCGAACUGCUCGAACCAUCGGACGAGAUCGAUCUGGCCAUCGUGGACGUGGACGACAAUGCGGAGCUGGUGCACACGUUCGAAGUGAAAGCGGUCCCCGCUAUUCUUGCCUUCCGGAACGGUGUGGUGGUAGACAAAUUUAUCGGUCUGGUCGAUGCGAACAUGAUCGAAAAUUUGAUUGGCAAAUUGACGAAAAAAAAGGCCACCUAAGAAGUACCUUCCGUUCUAUGCUAGAAAAGCUACGCCUGGACCGGACCGGACCCCCCCAUGUGCCUGUUACGAGUUGUGGGGCCAUUUUAAAACAAAACAAAAAUCGACGACGCAUUAUUACAAAGGGAAACCCCGGGUAGCUUGUUUUAAGGAGGAGGUGGCGUCAUGCACAACGACACGCAAAAGAAUAACUAAAAAUCAACCCCUAGGAAAGGUAACGGGAACGGCAUUCAAACAGGGGGUUCUCGUUCGUGCAGUGGUUGAUACGAACCACAACUCCUCUACGUUAGGCAUUGUGAUGUACAGUGAUCGAUUUUAUUGUUUUCUGUAAGUGUGUCCAAACUUGGUGAAACGAUUUUAUUUUUUAAUUUACGAACGAAAAUAUAAGGGAAAAACGAACGAAACCGACAA